CACGCAGGCAAACAUACAAGCAUUCACGUACGGUCGCAUCGCAACCUUGAGUCCUCGUUAUUCCAUUCUUCGACGACCUGCAGCAGACCGCAGAGUUGAGUUGUUGUUCGUCCAUCUCUGCGCGACACCUCCCACAUCCCGCGACAAUUGUUCCAGAAUCUUUGGCACAUUCUCGAGCCGGCCAUUGGCGAUACCACCAAGCGGUGCCUGAUUCAACCCGCCAAACGUCAGCCUCGUUCACUUCACCUUCCAACACAACAUCAACACACAUCCAUACGCGUCUCGAUAUCCUCUGCGACACGGAUUUGGUGAAGGGUGUCUUCCUUGCCAUUCCUUUAGGAUUGUUACCAUUCUACGAUUCCGUUGAAAAUAGACGUCUACACCUGCUGGUGGUUCUGUGGCGGCCAUGACGUCUUACGAAGGAUCCCCUCCAGAUGAAGGCUACAGCGAGGAUCCUUUGACCGUGAGCCCUUCCGGAGCUCUUCCUCCAUGGAUGGCCUCAAUGACGGUGCCGGAACGUACAGAGUAUGUUAUGAGCGUCAUUGCCCACCUACCUACCUCUGAAGUUGCCGAAAUCGUUCGCAGACUCCGUCCUAGACUCUACAUCAAUUUCUUUAAGAAGCUCCCUCCCGAGGUCUGUCUCAAGAUUCUCGGUUUCCUAGACCCAGUUUCCUUGAUCAAUACUGCGCGCGGUUCCCGAGAAUGGAUGCUCCUAGCCCUCGAUCGGAAGUUGUGGGAACAACUGUAUAUACUGGAAGGUUUCCGCGUCAUCAAGUCAGAGGUACAGAGCUUCGAAGAGUCUCUGAAUCUUGACCGGUCAAGGCCAAGCGGUGACAGUAGCGACGAACAUGCGAGCAAGAGACGAGCAACUUCCCAAAGGAUGCAGCCUUCCUUCCUCACAGACGACUCUGACAUGAUGGACGUCGAUGUUUCUGGAAUUAAGCAGAUGUCUAUAUUCGGAGGAAAGAUUACCAAGGAGCCAGUGUCAACGAGAUUCGACUUGGAUACUCCCAUGAUGUCCCCCUCGCACCUCUCAUCCAUGAAAUCCACACAGUAUCCCACAAGGCUUGCGAACUCAUUCCAAGGUCGUUCCAGCCGUACAUCCUCAGGAUCAACCCUUUCUCACCCUUCAGCCGCGCUCUCGAGCAUUUCCUCCUUAGUCGUCAUAGACCGCUCUGACAACAAGAAAAAGCUCAAUUGGCAGUAUCUAUACUCCCAGCGACGGCGCUUGGAGGCUAAUUGGGAAGCUGAGAGGUAUACUAACUUCCAGCUGCCGCACCCCGCAUAUCCUGAAGAGGCACAUGAGGAGUGCAUAUACACUAUUCAGCAUUCAGGUAAAUAUCUUGUCAGUGGAAGCAGAGACAAAACUUUACGCAUCUGGGAUCUUGACACACGCCGGCUUGUACGACCACCUCUACGAGCACACUCAGGUUCUGUAUUGUGCCUCCAAUUCGAUGCUGAUCCGGAAGAAGACCUGAUCGUUUCUGGGAGCAGUGAUGCAACCGUGGUUCUCUGGAGAUUUUCUACAGGUCAAAUCAUUCAGAGGCUUAGGAAAGCUCAUCGAGAAUCUGUCUUGAAUGUUAGAUUUGAUAAGCGUGUCCUAGUGACUUGCUCGAAAGAUAAGACCAUCAAGAUCUUCAACCGAAAGCCUUUGUCUGCUGGGGAACUCGGUUAUCCUGGCCUUUCAGCUGGUGUCAAUCCCGUGCCGACUUAUCUCAAUAAUUACGGAUUCAACCCGCCGCCCACUGCCGGACUUCCUGUGAAGCCGCCGUACUCUAUGAUUGGCUGCCUGGAGGGACAUGGCGCUGCUGUGAAUGCUGUUCAGAUUUACAACAAUGAGGUCGUUUCUGCAUCAGGGGAUCGCACUGUAAAAGUGUGGGAUUGGCCUGAGCAGACCUGCAUACGCACUUUGAUUGGCCAUUCCAAAGGCAUAGCUUGUGUUCAAUACGACGGACGGCGAAUUGUGAGUGGAAGUAGUGACAAUGAAGUCAAGGUCUUCGACAAGGAGUCUGGUCUUGAAGUGGCCAGUCUUCGUGCUCAUGCAAACCUUGUUCGUACGGUACAAGCUGGAUUCGGAGAUUUGCCAUUCAGUGCAGAAGAGGAUAAAGAGGACGCGAAGGCAAUUGAUCAUGAGUACUUUAGAGCUGUCGAUUCUGGAGCUAUCUCUAGAGCAGCUUAUCAACAACGGGGCCGACCUCGAAAUGCCGGUUCGAGAAAACCAGAAGACAUUACUGCAUAUGGUGCCAAGCUACCACCCGGAGGUGGCGGUGGUAAGUUUGGACGAAUUGUGUCGGGAUCUUACGAUGAAACGAUCAUUAUCUGGAGACGGGAUAAAGAAGGUGUCUGGAGAGCCCAACACACGUUACGACAAGAAGAAGCUGCGCAAGCAGCGUCACGAAUGAUCCAUGAGCCUAGACGAAGCAACGAUAGCAUCACGAGUCAAACGUCACAACUUUCACAACCAUCACAACCUCUGCAAUCACAGCCAUUACCAACUCCUCAAGCUCCUCAGGCAUCGACCUCCACGACUCAAGCCCUCCCACAUACAAUGCAAGCACCACACCCAGAUCUUGAUGCACUAACGGUCCCUUUUGCUCCUGGUAGCGAUGCGUGGUAUCGUUAUACGAUUGCUAUUGCCGUUACUCAGUCACCAGCUGCUCUACGGCAGGCUUUGCAACGUCAUCCUCAGAUCAUGCAACAUGAUUACUUGGAUCAUCUCAUUGCUACGAUGCCUGCAACGACACAACAGAUCAUGAAUACCAUCGUUGGUGCAGCUCGUCAAACCCAUGGGAUGGCAGGAAGUGGAUCAUCGUCUUCAAGUGGUAUACAGCCUCUGAUUCCGUUCCCAACAACUGUACCCAGCGCUUCGAGUGGACCAGUCCCUGCGUCGCAGACAGCUGCUACGCAAACUGUUUCUCAAGGAGCCGCAGUGCAAGCUCCACCAGCCGCCGUUGCACCCCCACCUGCUGUCAUCCAAGCUGCAAUGCCCGCGCCUGCUCCUCAGCCAAGCCACACUCAUCACCAUCACCACCUCCCAACGAAUAUGGCUCGAGUGUUCAAGUUACAGUUCGAUGCUCGCCGGAUCAUCUGCUGCAGUCAGACUAGUAUCAUUGUUGGGUGGGAUUUUGCUAAUGGUGAUGAGCAAAUUAUCGAAGCCAGUCGAUUCUUUGCUCCCAUUGAAUAGUAUUUUCGAUACAUGCAACGGAAGACAAGACAAUACGUAGACAUUUCGCGUCACUUAUUAUGAACGCAAGACGGUUUGUAGAGAUCACGAAGUCAUGAGCGCAGGAGUUUCUCAAGCACAGCGGGUCGGCGGUUGGUUAUGGCGUUAUUUUUGCUGAGGUAGCUAGUGUCUGAAUUUAUGUACAGAAUUAAUUACAAUACGAUGCAUUGACUCACAUGCUGGUCCUGAAUUGAGAAGGAGGGAUAAGAGGAUGACAG